AUGGCUGCUUCGCGACCUUCAACCAGUGAAAACAUUCUAUCCGAAAAGACGGAUGUGUGUGUUGCCAAUGCAAUCGUCAAAACCGGUAUUGGUUUCGGUGCUGGAGUGGUAUUAAGUGCAAUUCUAUUCCGACGCCGAGCAUUUCCAGUAUGGCUUGGCAUCGGUAGUGGUUUAGGAGCUUCAUAUUCCGAUUGUCAAAGAACAUUCAAUCCAGUUCAUGUACCUGGUUAUCGAUUCCCAGAUGUUCAAACUCCAUCUUCACUCAAUAUGUCUGAUACUCCAAAAAAUUCUGAGAAUGUUAAACGUAUACUGUAA